AUGAGCUCCGGGUCGUCCUCUGCAGCCACAAAGGCCAAAAAUCAGCAGCUCAUGCAGGAAAAUGACCAGUUGAAGUCAGUCUUAAAUCUGCUCAAGGAAAACAUGGAGCUGAGAGCCAGGAUGCAGAGCUGGAACGACGAGACUUUGGAGGAGUUCACAGGAACAAAGUCAUCCUGUCUCGGACAGUCCAGCAUUAAUGAGCGACGGUUCAAGAGAGACUUGCAGCAAACCAAAACAGAGCACGAGCACCGGACAUCGUCUCCCAUCGACUUUAAGACUCUCCUCCAGUGCUCUGCACACAAAGACACAGAGGAGGCAGCGGAGGUCAACAGCUGCCGGGCUGAUGUUCCCGUUUCUGUCACAGGUCUCUUCCUCACAGCAUUUUAUGACCCACAAGACCUGUGCUUUUUCCCAAAAAAAUCUCCACCAAGGAUGUUUGGAGAGAUUGCCUAUCAACUUGAUAGGAGGAUUCUGUCUUAUAUAUUCCAGGCCCAUGAGAGACUCUACGGUUUCACACUGUUCAACAUACCAGAGAAAAUUGUUAGCACACACCCUCUGACAGGAAAGGUGGAUGAGGGCUAUCAGCUUCAUCUCACUCAAAGGUAUGUGGACCUCAUGGAUAGGCUGAGCCAGCUCGGGUACAAACCAGGUCUCCAUCCUUCUUUCUCUGAAUUCAUCGUCAACACCUAUGGGAUCCUAAAGGGGAGGCCCAGUAAAAACAGUAGCAGUGGGGCCGACUGCAACAGCCCGGACUUUUUGAGAAAGUUGAUAAUGUCUACUGCUCCGAAAAAACUUCAGAAGGACCUGCUGCUGCUGCUCACUUGUCUCUGCGACAUGGCAGUGAAGGACGAGAAGCCUCUUCUUCUCUGGUAG